GGUGCAUUUUAUCUGACUUUAAUAUUACACAUUGAUAAGAGCUAAGAAGGAUGUGGAAUGAUAAUAAGAGGGUGCCCUAAUGUCUGUAUCAGACCAGCAGAUACUGUUAAAAUCUAUGACUAUCUCAAUCUAUGCUUCUCCUGCACCUUCAUAGUUCUGGAUCCCAAUACCAAACUCGAUCUACAAGCAAGUAGAAAUUCAGAUGAGCCUAGGAAAUGGCCGACCAGUUCCUAUUUGUGGCAUCAUGGAAAUUACGGCUCGGAUAAUCACAUUCAUGAUAUCCCAUUGCCAGACCUAGAUACACUGCUGCAGUGCUAAUAAUCCACGUGUAGAAGCCCCUGAUAUUUGGUUGCGAUGCUCUUUGGCGAAGAAGAUACGAAAAUACUUAUAAAUAUAAUCAUAUGCGAUACACCUCGUGUAAUAGUGAAUAGAACCUUUUGAUAUCAUCUUAAGGUGAGAGGCGGAAAAAUGUCUCAACAAAUUUGAGCAGUUCAAUGUACUGAGCGAACCAGGGGCGUUGAAGCAAAUUCUUUCCACCAGGGAACUUCGAAAUCUACAAGUCGGUACGGCUCAUACGGCUCUUCGCGUUGCUGAGUGGAUCAAGAUGCACCUGUCGCAUCACUCACUGCGGUCCAUGCGAUACAUGUGAUUUCACUUCGCGACGGAAGUUUGGAGAAUGCACUUUGAAAUUCUGUCGCAUUUUCCACUACGGUCUAUACGGCUUACAAUCUACCUGUCUUAUGAAUGGACUUGAGAGCGCUUGCUCGUUAUGUACUGCAGUCUGUACUGCCUAUACGAUUCUAGAGGCACGAUUUACAUACUGAGCAUAGACUCGAGAGCACUAGCGCAUUUUUCCCUACGGCUUGUACGGCUCAUACAAUUUUCUCGUCGCGAUAAACAUACUGAAUAUAGAGUCGAGAGCACUAGCGUGUUUUUCACCACAGCCUGUUUUGACGCCGUUCUUCUCGUUGCUAGGCGAGGUUGCAAGAUGGAUUUAACAACCUCCUCGCACCGCUUGAGAAGAACUAUCUUUCCCUCUCGCAACACACAACACUACUCAAUAGUUCAAUCUCCAGACAGUCGGGUUGAAUUCUCUCCUUCCUUACUGGAUACGUGCUCUGCCUCUACGGUUGAAUACGUUGUUAGGCGAACUCUUGAGAAUUACUUAAGGGUGUUGAAUUCCUUCCUACUUUCAACAUCUCACAACCACAUCCACAAUAGCCACCUCCUCUCCAAGCAUAAUUCAACAUGGAACAACAUAGAGGUACCAAUUCGUUCGGGAAACGCGACAACGAUGAAUCACCAAGGCGAGAGGAAUAUCGGUUCAGGCCACAAAGAGAGAUGGCGCAAAAUCAUGAAGACUCGAGAAGAGAUGCAAACUCGUACGCUCCAAGAUACAAUCACAAUCAAAUGAGAAGAAAAAUGGAUAGCUAUAGACCAAGUAGACCACACUGGCCUCGGGUUCCACGUCGCAAUUACGUAGCUAGAAACCCUUCGUAUCCCGGUCCUUCUACGCAUGACACCUAUACUCAGGAAUCACGAAGUUCACCCUUCGAAACCGCAAGGACUUCACUUAACAGUGCUGCAGGAGCUGCAAAUACAUCAGAGGAGUCGGAGUCGGCUCCACUGGUCUCACAUCAUGCAGAAGCCGUCCCUUCUACGAAGGAUAAAGAAACUCCUUCAUCGAGAGAUGAGGAUGAGUACGAGCUCAUUUGUGAGCAUGCCGGAGGUCCACUACGCCGAUUCACCAAGAAAAUGUGUGAUGUCAUCACCGAAACGAUUACAGAACAUUGCCAUGACGAUACCAUGAGCGCAAUAGAUAUUCUCAAACAAGCGUGCAUAAAUCUUUCGGUAAAAACCGGUACUACGCUCGAAGUGCACGACUGUUGGCUGUAUUGGCGCAAGAGGGGUAUGAGAACCAAUAUCGCUCGAUGGUGGCCUGAUAGUCUAGACGAUGUCGAUAAGGAGGUGGCAGAUUAUAGGCGAUUGAGAAGUGCAAAGUCCAAUAGAGCGAGAGCAGCAUAUGCAGCUAGACUCGCUACAGUACCAGUCGCCUCCUCUGAGACCGCUGGGACUACCGAGGCUUUCGCGUCAUCAGACCCAGUCGAAGAACCUAAAGAUUGGCCUCGAGAAGAGAAACUUCUUCUUUUUGCAAAGCUUAAAGCUAAGAGACCUAUUCAACACCGUCUGCAUACGAACAUGCUCUGGAUAAUGGUUGGGCGAGCGAUGAGAAGAGAGGGAUAUACCAGAGGAAGGGAUGAGUACCGCGAGUGGUUUGAGAAGUAUGGUCGCGCGUACUUCGACUACGACGAAACCCGCUAUUUUUCGCAACCUGGUAAUCCUCAUGUCGGCACUGGCAGAAUGCAAAAUGGGAUUAUGACACCAGAAGACUCCCCAGUCGGCGAUGCUCGCAGAAGAAGAAGAAAUUCGAAUCCUGAUGGCGUCAGGGCAAGACUUCGUGGUACCAUGGCACCAAUGUCUCCCAGCGUUCCCAAAACGCCCAAACCCAACAAGCCACGGAUGUCAACCACGGUACUACAUGAUAUGAAAAGUUGGCUGGGUGGCUAUAGAAAUGUAGACAAAACAGCAAAGGUCGCAGAGGAAUACCCUCUGCCAUUAAUCAAGCCAUCCGAAGGCGAGCGUUUCGGACUCUUCACUACUGAGAAGCAGGAAAAUUAUGAUCCUCCUUCAUCAGCAGCGGGCUGCCUGCCCGGAAGCCUUUUGUUCGUUACCGAAGAUGAGGCGCAAAGCGAGCGAGAUCUCUUCCCGUCAGCUCUUGAUGCGACUGAUUCUCACUCGUCACCAGCGCCUGCACUAACCGAUGCUCCAUCCACGAUAUCAGAUGAGACAGGUACGCCUGAGGAGAGAGUGGAAUCAAUUGGGGAAAUCAAGGCAGGAGAAACGAUGGCCCCCGAUGAGCAAAUCGAACCGGGAGAGACAAUUCCAGAAGAUGAGAAUGAUGCACCAUCAUUACAGCCCAACGAGACAAACAACACACAGGAUGGCAUACAAUGUACCUCUGACGAGUGGGGAUUCGCCACUCCGCCUUUCAUGCGACCAAGUGAGGCGGAUAUGGCGUGGAUAGAUGAGUACAGCGAUUUCGAGUCCAGCCACAUCUCAGCAACCACAAAUGCGAGCGAUCCUUCUACAUCUGCAGGACAUCCAUCCUUUGACAAUUCCCUAACAUCAAACGAGACAAUAGAAGAAGUCCCAUUGACGCAACCAAGCACAAGUGAUGACGAGACCAAAAACAACACCAGCUCGGAAUCCCAGGCGCAAUUGUUGCGAGAACAGCAGGAGCGAACUGAUGUCGAAAUUUCCAACUUGCGAGCGAGUUAUCUCAGAGUCAAGGAAGCGGAAGAGGACGAGGAGAAGAAACUAGAUGACACUGCGCAGGAAUUAGAUAUCAUGAUCUUGAGGAGAGCCGAGCAGCUGAAAAGCCAGACUGCAUAUCUAGCCGAGAUGCAAAGAAUCGAGGCGGAACUCGAGGAAAAGAAAAAGGCCAAGCAGGCUUUGAGCAUUGCUCUGGAAGAACUCGAGUUUUCUGGAUAGGCUGCAGGGUAUAGGAAAUUCAAUUGUUCAUGUUGAAGUACGACAAUCGGACGAAGGAAUUUACGCGUUGUAGGACUAGGAGAGUGGAGUAUGUAGCAUGUCGUAUAGCAGCGUCAAUGAUGCCUUUUCAAUAAAAAAUGCAAGUCCCA